AACAUUUGCGCGUUUGUGCACGACCAGCGCAAUAUGGAAGCAUCUCCAGCCUCCGCUGGACCAACACGCCGGCGGCGGAGCGAAGCCGACGGAACGGCCACCACCACCUCUGAAUCAGCCCCGCUGCUGUCGCGUCAGUUGGUCGAUAUCCCUGGCAGCUACGGCCUUCCCAUUCUCGGAGCCAUCGCCGACCGACUGGAUUACUACUGGUUCCAGGGUCCGGCCAAGUUCUUCCGCUCCCGCAUGGAGAAGUAUGGUGGCUCCACCGUCUUCCGCACCAACAUGCCCCCCGGUCCCUUCAUCUCCACCGAUUCCCGCGUCGUCGCCCUCCUCGACGCCGAGACGUUUCAGGUCCUCUUCGACUGCAACAAAGUCGAAAAAGGAAACGUCUUCACCGGCACCUUCGUGCCUUAUCCUGCCUUAACGGGUGGCUACCGUGUUCUGUCCUACCUCGACCCCUCGGAGCCCUCCCACACCAAGCUCAAACUCUUCGUCCUUUCCCUCCUCCGAUCCCGUCACGGCAAUUUUGUGCCGGAAUUCAGCUGCGCCGUCAGAGAGCUCUUCGACGAGCUGGAGUCGGUUCUUGCCUCCGGCAGGAAGGCCGGAUUUAACGCCCCGUGCGAGAGAGCAAGCUUCAAGUUUCUAUGUCGGGCAUUCCUCGGCAGGGACCCCGCCAACGGCGGCAUCGGCAACGACGGACCGGCCCUUAUCCAGAAGUGGAUUCUGGUACAGUUGGCGCCCGACCUCUCCUUGGGUCUUCCGAAGCCGCUUGAGGAGCUCUUGCUGCGGACCUUCCGGCUGCCCCCGUGUCUCGUGAAGAACGACUAUAAGCGGCUCGUCGACUUCUUCCGGGCAGCAGGCGGGCCCGCGCUCGACGAGGCCGAGCGGCUGGGGAUCAGCCGGGACGAGGCGCUACACAACUUGAUCUUCUUAAUUUGCUUCAACUCGUGGGGAGGGCUGAAGGUGCUUCUCCCCUGCAUAAUCAAGUGGAUCGCAGGUGCUGGGCCAGAGAUCCACAGGGAACUCGCGCGUGAGGUGAGGUCGAGCGGCGCGGCGACGAGCGUCGGCCUGAACCCGGCGGUGCUGGAGCGGUUGCCGCUGCUUAACUCGGCCAUCUACGAGGUGCUGCGGAUCGAGCCGCCGCUGCCGCUGCAGUACGGCAGGGCCAAGAGGGAUCUCGUGCUGGAGAGCCACAGGGCGCGCUACAAGGUGCGGGCUGGCGAAAUGCUGUGCGGGUACCAGCCCCUCGCCACGAGGGAUCCACUCGUUUUCGAGAACUCAGACUCCUACGUCGCGAACAGGUUCGUUGGGGAGGAAGGUGAGCGGCUGCUCAAGUACGUGGUUUGGUCGAACGGGCAAGAGACGGCGGAGCCCACCGAGAGGAACAAGCAGUGCCCGGGGAAGGACUUGGUGAUGCUGGUGGCCCGGAUCAUGGUGGCUGAGCUCUUCCUGAGAUACGACUCGCUCGAGGUCGAGGCGACCGACGAGUACAUGGGCGACUCGGUCACGAUCACCUCGCUCCGGCCGGCAUCUCCUUCGGUAGCAGUCCGGUGACCAGCAUGCAGGAACAUAGCUUUUUCUCUGGAGUCGUCGCGACGAGAAAAAUUGAGUGAAAGCUGGUCCAUGAAAUUUGAGUUCGACAUUAAUGUUUUAAACAACGGAGUUAAUGCGUAAUAAUGUAGAUGAUUUAAACAAGUUUCGGUGCCUUAAUGUUGGUAGGAUCAAACGCUCA